AGAGAGAAAGACUGCGUGCGCAGUAGUAGGGAUUCUGUGUAGAAAGAGAUGGAAAGAGGUAGAUAGAUAGAGAGAGAGAGAGAGAGAGCGUAGGAGCGAGUGAGAGAGGGAGAAAGAGGGAGGAAGCACCAGGAGACCGAGGCUGCGGCGUAGCCUCAGUGCCGGCGCAGUGGCCGGGCCAUCGUGUCCUGUGGCCAGGUUUUCGUGCUCUUCUCUUUCCACUUCUGAUCCUAUUGAUAGUCACACACGUUCCCUGAACCAAGCAUCCUUCUUGGAAAGCUUAUCGCGAGUCUCCUUCGCGAGCCUCCUUCUGCCUGUUUCUUCUUCUCCUCUUCUUUCCCUUCUUCAUCCUAUCCUCCUUCUCCUCUUUGUCAUCCUAUUUCUACUUUCACCCUUCUUCCUAUCCUUUUUUUAUCCCAAAUUUCCCUCGGUUUUUGUCCAUCCUUUCUUAAACCUUUAACCUUUCAUUUUUUAACAUUCCCCUUCCUUCUCUUUCUUUCUUUCUUUCUUUCUUUCUUUCUUUCUUCCUUAAUUUCUUUUUUAUCUUCUCACGUUCCAUUUCUACGUUUACGCGAUAUGCACGCAUAAGUACAGGACAUUCGCAAGGACACACACACGUAUAUCGACCCAGUGCGAUGCCGGACGUGGUCGGUGGUCGUCGCGACGCGAUGUGAACUUCGGUGAAAUAGAGAGAAGGAGGGGGAGAGAGAGAGAGAGAGAGAGAGGGAAGGAAAGAGAGGGAGGACGGAUUCUUUUCCUCUUUGUCGAACCUAAUCUGGUGUGAUUCUGGAAUUUUCUUGUUUGUUCAUUGUGUUCUUCAACGAAUUCUUCAAGCAAGGACGGUGAACAAGCUGCAGGAGAGACUGAGAUAGAUAGAUAGAUAGAUUUAAUUGAGAUAUUACAAUAUCGAAUAGGUACUUGUUGAUAAAGGAUAAUAACUCGUGAAAUAUAGAGUGAAAGAAAAAACGUUUCUUUCUGCCGGGCAACAGCAGCCGGGAGCAUCAGGGUGAAGAGGUGGGAGCCAUGCCGCCCGGGCGAACUUCCCUCGAGGCAGCCAGCAGGAUCGUCGAGCUACCGCCUUCCUGUCCUUCGAGACUACCAGCUGUGGUUUCUGAUCGCCUCCAUUGAGGUGAAAAGCUGUGGAUUGUCGUGGUAGACUCUCGGCCCCAGGAGUGGCCCGGGGGUGGUUACCCUGGGGACCUCGUCGGGGAAAAGAUUGGACUGGAAGGAGGAAGUGGUUGAGGAAGCAAAAAAAGAAGAAGGAGAAGAAGAAAACGAGGAGUGGAGGAGGAGAGCGCUAUGAACGCCAGCGUCAACAUCGAGAGGAACUCCUGGCGGCUGCCUCCCGACGAGACCGUCCAGGUCGCUGAUCCCCGAUCGAAGUCAGCUCAGGAUCUGACGUACGCCGAGGGCGGUCACAAUUGGCGAAGCAUAGUAUUCUCCCUUCUGGUCAUCGGCUUCGUUAUCGCCGGGAUCGUCACUGCUAUUUACCUACUUGGGUACGUUGACGAGCUACUCUAUUGGAGCGGCAGACGUCUUACGUUGGACGAGUGCCUUCGAGAUGACCUGACACCGCACAGGUUACCACCAACUUGGGUAUCCCAUGACAAAUUCGUAUACCAAGCGGAUGACGGUUCCCUCACACUCUUGGACACCAGCAACAACACUGUGUCACUUCUGGUCUCUAAUCACACACUCAGACAGCUGAACGUCCAAGGUUACCAAUGCAGCUCAGAUUUGCGUUAUGUAUUGUUCAAGCACAAUGUCAAGCCGGUAUUCAAAAACACGUUCACCGCACACUACACAGUCUACGACGUCACGAACGAUCAUCACACACCCCUUCAUCUUCAAGCCUCAAAGAAAAAUCCACAAACGAGACUUCAACACGCAACUUGGUUGGGCAAUACGACCGGUCUCGUGAUGAUCUCGGAGAACGAUAUUUAUCUUAGGAUAACUCCAUCAUCGAUGGAGGACACACAACUGACGGAUACCGGUGUUCCUGGUGUUAUAUAUAACGGUGUACCUGAUUGGUUAUAUCAGGAGGAAGUAUUGCCUAGACCGGAAGCCACGUGGCCGAGUCCUGAUGGCACGCAUAUCCUCUUUGCUUCGUUCAACGACACUCAAGUUACAGCUUUGGAAUUCCCUUGGUUUGGUACUCAACCAGGUCAAGAAGGUUCCGCCGCAUCAACCCCACUCGGAGCACCUCGACGUGGCUCUUUUCCACCUUCGAGAUCCAUCAGAUAUCCAACCCCUGGUUCAGCCAAUCCGGAAGUCGAUUUGUGGUUAUUAGAAGUGAACAAUACCAAUAAUUUGACCAACGGAAAUGGAACAUUUAGUCCGUCGGGUAGUACGAAGACAAAACUUAAGCCACCACCUGUCUUGGAUGGACAAGAAUACUAUCUGAUAUCAGCUGGAUGGGUUGGCGGAGACGCUUCCCAAAUUGCAGUCGUGUGGAUGACCAGGUCUCAGAAUUUGUCACUAGUCUCGGCAUGUCGUGCGCCUCUCUGGGAGUGCGAGGAAACCCAUUCAGAGAGGGCACCCGAGGGUCAAUGGUUGGACGCGCAACCGCAUCCAAUUUUCGCUCCUGACGGUGAUAGUUUCCUGCUGCUUGCGGCUGUCCAGGAGGGUGACAAGGAACAUUUCACGCAUAUAAAGCACGUCACGUUAACGCAACAGAGGAUAGCCGUGCUAUCGCACGGUCGUUACGAGGUGAGCGAGAUCCUAGCGUGGGACACCAAAGCUCACCUGGUGUACUAUCUGGGUACGAGAGAACGGAGACCUGGACAGAAGCACCUUUACGUGGUACGCGAUCCGAUUGCCGACGAUCCUCGUCGUUUGGAACCUUUAUGCGUUACUUGCGACCUUGGUGAGGUCCUCUGGAGUAGUAGAUUUUAUUACACAAAUUGCACUCACUUCGGUGCCUCCGUAAGUCCUGCGAUCACCGACGAUACACAGGGUUACUAUGUACUCUAUUGCGAAGGUCCCGGCUUGCCAUUGGCCGGUGUGCAUAUGAUGUCAUCCCAUAAGAUGAUCCGUGUCCUCUAUGACACGCGUAUUCAACGUGCCGAUAAACUCUCGCAGCUGGCGUUACCGACGAGAAGGAGCUUCGAGGUGCCGUUGCCUCAAGGUUGGAAGGCGCAGGUGCAGUUGCUCCUGCCACCUUCCUGGCGAGAGGAGCUGAGGGACGCAGCGUUUCCAGUUUUGGUGGAGGUCAAUGGUCGGCCUGGAAGCGAGGCAGUAACAGAUAAAUUUAGAAUAGACUGGGGUACUUACAUGUCGAGUCAUAACGAUGUGGUUUACGUGAGACUCGAUGUCCGUGGAGCGAGGGGACAGGGAAAAAGGGAUCUUUUCCGGAAGAUCGGAGGCGUUGAAGUUCAGGAUCAGCUGACGGUCCUGAGGCAUCUUUUAAAGACGCACAAAUACUUGGACGUCACUAGAGUUGGCGUUUGGGGUUGGGGUUACGGUGGUUACGUUACUGCCAUGGUACUAGGAAGUCAAGAGAAUGUCUUCAAAUGCGGCGUCGCCGUCAAUCCGAUAGCCGAUUGGCUCUUUUAUAACUCCGCCUUUACGGAACGAGUCCUUGGUGCACCAGCUGAGAACUAUAAGGGUUACGUAGAGGCUGAUUUGACUCAAAGAGCGAGAUUAGUGCCGAGUCAUAGUCUUUAUCUUCUUCAUGGUCUAGCAGACCUAACGGCGCCUUAUACCCAUGGCGUUGCCUUUGCCAAGGCUUUGUCUGAAGCGGGAGUCAUCUUUAGGUAUCAGAGCUAUGCGGACGAAGAUCAUGCCUUAGCAGGUGUGCUCGAACACGCUUAUCGUUCUAUGGAGGACUUUCUCGCCGAGUGCCUCACCUUGGAUGCCUCCUAGUGCCUCAAGCCGAAUACUCCCUUGUUGUCGAUAGUGCGCCUACUUCUAAUAAAUCCCAGGAUGAACAUUUAAAAGCGAUCUAGCCCGCGAAUAGAUCGAGCUGAAAGCUUGGAAAGCUCUCGGAUAUACAGCGCUCGAUCGCACGAAAAGAAGAGAAAUAGGGAAGAGAAAGUCUUUUCUUCGGAGUUUUGAAAAAUAAAAUAAAAGAGAGAGAGAGAGAGAGAGUGAGAGAGAGAGGAGGGAGGAAGAGAAAGUAUGCGAGUAUAGAUGCGUGUGCGAAGAAAGAUAGGCGGACAUUGAGAGUAUCCGUGUUAAUAGUGUAUUCACAAAUAAGUCGUUUACAGAGAUAGAGAUAAAUAGUUCUAGCAAUAGUGAAUAAAAUGUGAGAGUGAGAGCUUAGAAAAAUGGAUUACGCGAUCGUAUAUGUCGAUGUCGAUCUUCUAUUCGGAUCCGAAAGAUUUCUCUCCUCGCGGUAUGAUCCACGGUAAUCGAUAAAAAGAGAAAAAAAAAGAAAAGAAAAGAAAAGAAAAAAAAGAAAGGUCGAAAGUCGAUGUGUUAACGUUAUUACGACAUUAGUAAUAAUGAUUUUCUUAGUCAUUUGAUAUUCCAUAUAUUUUUAUAGUCGAUUAAAUCGCUGCAAGUAUUCCGUUAUCGUAGACGUUGUCUGUGAUACGACGUUACGCAUGUGGUAAAGAACGAAAUAAUAUACAUAUGUAUGUGUAUGUAGAUACAUUACGUACAAGAAACGACGUUGGAACCUGUUUGACAUUUUAUAACAUAUCCGAAUUAUUUCUCGUGAUGUUUCUCUUUAAGACGCUCAUGCUAAAUGCAUAUCCCCGUGUUAUUCUAUAUACUUACGUAAUUCUUUUCUAGCGACGCAAACAUUAUUAUACUUUUCACCGACGAUAAUCCAUUUUUCUUGGUCGACGCGAAGAAAGAAACGAGAUAAAGGUGGUGCAAUCAAAAUAUAUUGCACCUCUACGAGCAAUAUCGUUAAAUAAUGUUAUUAAAUCACUUGCCUGCAUCAGCCUACGAAAUUCCUCUUUGCUACGAAACGAAUUGAGAAAAAAAGAAAAAAAGCAAAAAAAAAAAAAUAAAAAAAAUAAUAUACUUCAAUAUACGUCGCCCAAUUAUUCCUUCUCGAAGCGUGCAAGCAUCA